AACAAAUGGACAACAACAACAAUCUCAACAAUCGCCACAAGGCCAAUCUAUAAUAAACAAUAAUACAACACAGCAACAACAACAACAACAACAACAAUCGACCAAUAAUAAUCAUAAUAAUAUGACAACAACGACGAAUAAUUGUAACAACAACAACAACAACAACACAUCGAAUCAUACAUCAACAAAUUCAAGUGAUGUUGUCAAUCAUGAUGGAUCAUCAUCAUAUGAUCAAGAUUUGAAAAUGUUCAUCGGUGGACUUAGUUGGCAAACAGCGCCUGAAGGCCUUCGGGAAUAUUUUAGUAAAUUUGGUGAUAUAACCGAAGUGAUGGUCAUGAAAGAUCCAACAACGCGGAGAUCUCGUGGUUUUGGCUUCGUAACGUUUGCCGAUUCGUCCAGUGUGGACAAAGUACUUAUGAAUGGACCACAUGAAUUGGAUGGCAAAAAGAUCGACCCCAAGAUUGCCUUUCCUAAACGAGCACAUCCAAAAAUGGUUACACGAACGAAAAAAGUAUUUGUCGGUGGUCUAUCAGCGCCUACCACUAUAGAUGACGUCAAAAACUAUUUCCAACAAUUUGGUCGGAUUGAAGACGCAAUGUUAAUGUUCGACAAACAGACCAAUCGUCAUAGAGGAUUCGGUUUUGUCACAUUCGAAAGUGAAGAUGUUGUCGACAAAGUUUGUGAAGUACAUUUUCAUGAGAUUAAUAAUAAAAUGGUUGAAUGCAAAAAAGCACAACCAAAAGAAGUAAUGAUGCCCAAUAAUGUUUCACGUGGUGGCCGAACUACAGAUUUGGUUUGGCCGCUUGGAGCACUAGCCGAUGAUCCUACUACAAGAGCAGCUGCUGCAGCUGCUUGCCUUGCUGCUGGUCCCACUGCUAAAGCCAUCUAUCAUCUUUGCAGCGGUGGACCAGAUUUGACACGCGCCAAUGGUGCAGCCGGAAAUGCCGGUGGCGCCGGUGCCGGUCUUUCACUUGCAGAUCACGCUUGCUCGCCAAGUUUUCCCGCAGCCUAUGCAGCUGGUUAUGCUGGCCGUGGUGGUUAUCCAAGUUAUCCCGGUUUUGGCUACCCAUUUACAGGUAGCGUGGACGGUGUGCUUCCGGUAUCCAGUUAUUGUUUACCAUUUUUGCCUAGUCAAAUGUUUGCAUCAGCGGCAGCGGCAGCAGCCGCUGCAGCUUCAAAUGGUAAUGCUGCAGCUGCGGCAGCAGCAGCAGCCGUUACGAACGGUUUGACAACGAUAACCACCAACAAUAAUCAUCAUAGCCAUCCACAAUCACAACCUCAACCUCAACCACCACCACCACCACCACCGUCACAUCAUCACCAUCAUCAUCAGCUAACACAAUCACAACCCGGCAGCGGCCACAAUUUUGCAACUGGUCAUCAAGUGAACGAUAUUAUAAUGAGUGGCCAUCAUCAUCUAAUGGCUGGACCACAUAAAUUACGUGUGUAAAUAAUUUUUUUUUUUUUGACAUAUAACAACAAAUUGUUAUCAAAAAAA